GUGCUUGAUUUACAUGAUGGGGCGUUUGUUCAAGCAAGUGGUGCUAGUGGGGUCCUUGCCAAGAGUGUCAUUGGUUAUAGUAAAUUAAAGAAACAACAGUUUCACUACUUAACUUCAAGAACAGUAUGAAGUACUGUCAAUCAUUUUUUUGUUUACUUUCUUUGUGUCAAAAAAAGGAAAUGCUUGUGACAGGUUUCUUCGGUUACCAUACAUGUAAAAUUUACCAUCUUUCAUUCUUCCGCCAAGGGUUUGACUUUUAACUGAUGGAUAUGGCGGAAAUAAAGGCCUCUCCUAAAAAGAGUAAUCAUUGAAUACCAUACGUAGGUGGUUGUGUAAAAAGGCACUCAAGAGUGGUACACAUUUACUGGUGUUGCAGUAAUUAUAAACUGUAAAGAAUAGUGCUAGUGAAAUAUUUUCCUUUUUGAUAGUGUAAGAAAGUACCCAGACGACUAUGUGAGGUGCUUCAGGAAAUUUAUGUGAAGGGUGAUGAUACCGUAAGUGGUUUAAAAUCUUGUAAUAUUCUGGGUUUCGCGACAAUACUGUGUGACAAGUUUAUAUUGGCAGGCGAGUUUCUAAAAGGAAUGAUCAUGAAGGAUGAUCUUAGCCUCCACAGUUCAGGAACAAUUCUGCUUUCUAGCAAUACUACAGCAUUUCACACGGCUUUACAGGUUUUCAGAGCAAAGGCAGGUGCUAACAAUAUAAGGUGUGAAGUUUGUCAUUCUUGUAAACUACAAGAGAAUGUGUUUACAAGACCUUCGUUGCUGAUGGGUUGCAUCAGGAAAUAA